CUCAUGUGUCCUCAUGUUCUGUUUUCGCCCUGCCCCCUCUGCCAGGUGUACCUCCAUCCCUGAGACAUGUCCUGCUGCAACCAGUGCCAGCCAUGCCGGCCCUGUGGCCCAACUCCUCUGGCCAGCAGCUGCAAUGAGCCCUGUGUCAGGCAGUGCCAGAACUCCACCAUUGUCAUCCAGCCCUCUCCAGCAGUGGUGACCCUGCCCGGACCCAUCCUCAGCUCCUUCCCACAGAACACCGCCGUGGGAUCCUCCACCUCUUCUGCUGUUGGCAGCAUCCUCAGCUCUGAGGGUGUGCCCAUCACCUCUGGGGGCCUUGAUCUCUCCUGCAUUUCCUACCGCUACUGUGGCAGAAGGUGUAAUCCCUGCUAAAGGUGGUGCAUGCAGCCCUAGAUGAGGACCCCCAGAAAUUCUGAACAUGGCAAUGGACAAAGAAAUGUGCUGCUGUUUUUGCUCUGCAGGUCAGACAUGUGGUGGCAGCAAUUUGGCUCUGUCAACAUGGAGAAAGUCUACUGAUACUCGUUCUUACUCACUCUUUCUAUCUAAUAUCAUUUCUGUUCUUUUACUUUUAGAGACCUCUGUUGUUACCCCCUAAAAUGAGCCCUGAGUGACCUGCUCAUCUCCCAAAACUCUGGGCUGGGAGAUACAGCUCAUUG